UGCAAUGAUGGUGGCUGGAAUCGGUAGAUGUGGCGGCCGAUGCGGUGGCAGUCGAUUCAGUCGAUCUGGAGAGCGGGGCGGGAAGAUACAAAGGUGAAGGGCAGAGACGCGUGGAUCUGGCGCUCGACGGUGGCCGGAAUCAGGGGUGGCACCGACGCACAGAGGCACCCGCCGCAGCGUGAAUGUUUCACAAUGGCGAUUGGGUCGCUCGUGGCUACAUUUAUUGUUAUUUGCAGCACUUAGAGGCAAAAUAUAGGGCCGCCCUAAAUUUUUUUUGCAGUUAGGACACUCCUAGAGCUGUGAGCAACAUAUACUGAUAGGACAACUGGUAGAGCUGUGUUUUGUUCUCUAAAUGCCUAAAAACGAUUUUUUGGCACUAGCAUUACUUUGCAUUAUCCCUCGGAGAGAGCAUGAGACAGCCCCAUUUCUUCCCAGUUCUACCUAUGGGAUCUUGUUCUCCCUGCAACCGGGCCUCACGGAAAACCCGUGCCAGCGGACCCGCCCCAUGCUAGCACGGCACGGCACCCGCAGCGGCCGGUCCAAAUGGACGGUGAGAGCCGCAACGCGACACGCCCGGCACAGUCAGCAAAGGGAGAGCGCGCGCACGGCGCACGCACGCUCGGACGAAGGGACGGUGCGAUCGAUCGAUCGAUUCGAUCCCUCCCCCCUCACUCAACCACAGUAGCACUCUGCCAUACUAUCACGCACGCACUCCAGUCACACCUCCCACGAAGAACCAACAGGAGGCGCGGAUCCCACCGAUAAAUAACCCCGCCUCGCCGCUCCUCCCCAAAAUCAAUCACCGAUCGCUCGGGGUUCCCGGCAUGACAAUGAUGGCCAUGCCCGAGGCGCCCUGCCUCUGCGCGCGCCCGUCCCUCGCCGCGCGCGCGAGGCGGCCGGGGUCGGGGCCGGCGCCGCGCCUGCGACGGUGGCGACCCAAUGCGACGGCGGGGAAGGGGGUCGGCGAGGUGUGCGCCGCGGUUGUCGAGGCGGCGACGAAGGUAGAGGACGAGGGGGAGGAGGACGAGCCGGUGGCGGAGGACAGGUACGCGCUCGGCGGCGCGUGCAGGGUGCUCGCCGGAAUGCCCGCGCCGCUGGGCGCCACCGCGCUCGCCGGCGGGGUCAAUUUCGCCGUCUAUUCCGGCGGAGCCACCGCCGCGGCGCUCUGCCUCUUCACGCCAGAAGAUCUCAAGGCGGAUAGGGUGACCGAGGAGGUUCCCCUUGACCCCCUGAUGAAUCGGACCGGGAACGUGUGGCAUGUCUUCAUCGAAGGCGAGCUGCACAACAUGCUUUACGGGUACAGGUUCGACGGCACCUUUGCUCCUCACUGCGGGCACUACCUUGAUGUUUCCAAUGUCGUGGUGGAUCCUUAUGCUAAGGCAGUGAUAAGCCGAGGGGAGUAUGGUGUUCCAGCGCGUGGUAACAAUUGCUGGCCUCAGAUGGCUGGCAUGAUCCCUCUUCCAUAUAGCACGUUUGAUUGGGAAGGCGACCUACCUCUAAGAUAUCCUCAAAAGGACCUGGUAAUAUAUGAGAUGCACUUGCGUGGAUUCACGAAGCAUGAUUCAAGCAAUGUAGAACAUCCGGGUACUUUCAUUGGAGCUGUGUCGAAGCUUGACUAUUUGAAGGAGCUUGGAGUUAAUUGUAUUGAAUUAAUGCCCUGCCAUGAGUUCAACGAGCUGGAGUACUCAACCUCUUCUUCCAAGAUGAACUUUUGGGGAUAUUCUACCAUAAACUUCUUUUCACCAAUGACAAGAUACACAUCAGGCGGGAUAAAAAACUGUGGGCGUGAUGCCAUAAAUGAGUUCAAAACUUUUGUAAGAGAGGCUCACAAACGGGGAAUUGAGGUGAUCCUGGAUGUUGUCUUCAACCAUACAGCUGAGGGUAAUGAGAAUGGUCCAAUAUUAUCAUUUAAGGGGGUCGAUAAUACUACAUACUAUAUGCUUGCACCCAAGGGAGAGUUUUAUAACUAUUCUGGCUGUGGGAAUACCUUCAACUGUAAUCAUCCUGUGGUUCGUCAAUUCAUUGUAGAUUGUUUAAGAUACUGGGUGACGGAAAUGCAUGUUGAUGGUUUUCGUUUUGAUCUUGCAUCCAUAAUGACCAGAGGUUCCAGUCUGUGGGAUCCAGUUAACGUGUAUGGAGCUCCAAUAGAAGGUGACAUGAUCACAACAGGGACACCUCUUGUUACUCCACCACUUAUUGACAUGAUCAGCAAUGACCCAAUUCUUGGAGGCGUCAAGCUCAUUGCUGAAGCAUGGGAUGCAGGAGGCCUCUAUCAAGUAGGUCAAUUCCCUCACUGGAAUGUUUGGUCUGAGUGGAAUGGGAAGUACCGGGACAUUGUGCGUCAAUUCAUUAAAGGCACUGAUGGAUUUGCUGGUGGUUUUGCCGAAUGUCUUUGUGGAAGUCCACACCUAUACCAGGCAGGAGGAAGGAAACCUUGGCACAGUAUCAACUUUGUAUGUGCACAUGAUGGAUUUACACUGGCUGAUUUGGUAACAUAUAAUAAGAAGUACAAUUUACCAAAUGGGGAGAACAACAGAGAUGGAGAAAAUCACAAUCUUAGCUGGAAUUGUGGGGAGGAAGGAGAAUUCGCAAGAUUGUCUGUCAAAAGAUUGAGGAAGAGGCAGAUGCGCAAUUUCUUUGUUUGUCUCAUGGUUUCUCAAGGAGUUCCAAUGUUCUACAUGGGUGAUGAAUAUGGCCACACAAAAGGGGGCAACAACAAUACAUACUGCCAUGAUUCUUAUGUCAAUUAUUUUCGCUGGGAUAAAAAAGAACAAUACUCUGAGUUGCACCGAUUCUGCUGCCUCAUGACCAAAUUCCGCAAGGAGUGCGAGGGUCUUGGCCUUGAGGACUUUCCAACGGCCAAACGGCUGCAGUGGCAUGGUCAUCAGCCUGGGAAGCCUGAUUGGUCUGAGAAUAGCCGAUUCGUUGCCUUUUCCAUGAAAGAUGAAAGACAGGGCGAGAUCUAUGUGGCCUUCAACACCAGCCACUUACCGGCCGUUGUUGAGCUCCCAGAGCGCGCAGGGCGCCGGUGGGAACCGGUGGUGGACACAGGCAAGCCAGCACCAUACGACUUCCUCACCGACGACUUACCUGAUCGCGCUCUCACCAUACACCAGUUCUCGCAUUUCCUCUACUCCAACCUCUACCCCAUGCUCAGCUACUCAUCGGUCAUCCUAGUAUUGCGCCCUGAUGUUUGAGAGACCAAUAUAUACAGUAAAUAAUAUGUCUAUAUGUAGUCCUUUGGCGUA